UAGAAGUGAAUCGAUUCCAAACACCCGGCAUUCAUUUAGUAAUAUAAAAACUCGUUUCCUUCUCCAAUUUUUGCUCGCACCUUUUCUUUCUCUCUCCUUGUCUCUCCCUGUCUCUCCCUCUCUCGUUCGCGUUCUUCGUCGCAAAUCCGAAGGAGGAUCUCUCUUGCUUUUUCUCUAGGUUUUCGCGAUGGCGUCGAAGCGAAUUUUGAAGGAGCUUAAGGAUUUGCAGAAGGAUCCUCCAACUUCUUGCAGUGCCGGUCCUGUUGCUGAAGACAUGUUUCAUUGGCAAGCAACAAUUAUGGGUCCUCCAGACAGUCCUUAUGCGGGAGGUGUUUUCCUAGUGACUAUUCAUUUCCCUCCAGAUUAUCCCUUCAAGCCACCCAAGGUUGCAUUUAGGACGAAAGUAUUCCACCCAAACAUAAAUAGCAAUGGAAGCAUUUGCCUCGAUAUAUUAAAGGAGCAGUGGAGCCCUGCCCUAACCAUUUCCAAGGUGUUGCUUUCAAUUUGUUCCCUGUUAACGGACCCAAAUCCUGAUGAUCCUUUGGUCCCUGAAAUUGCCCACAUGUACAAGACAGACAGGAAUAAAUAUGAGUCAACUGCAAGAAGCUGGACCCAGAAAUAUGCCAUGGGCUAAUUAACAUAUAGUACGAGGGAGAGCGAUUUUUAUUUUCAAUGUCUAGGCCUAACAGGCUUUGUAUGAAUAUUUGAGGACCCUGAAACAUUUCUUCUGUUUGUAUUGCAAAAUGCAAAUGCUACCUCUAAAGCAGUGAAAUGUAGCCCCAAUUAAAAGUUUGUCAAAAUUUUAACAUUGUAUUGGC